CCGCGGCCUCCACUGCGGCUGCGCGGGGCAGGUGAGGGUCGGCGUUGCAGGUGAGCCGGACGCGGUGGGAUCGAGCUGGCGCUGAGGAAACCCACCCCAACCGAACCGGGCGUGGGAGGGGGCGGCCGAGGACCCGACUCCCGCGCUGGCCCGGACCCCGGGCCCCUGAGCCAUCCCUGGGCCUCAGCUGGAGCAGGACCCACCCAAGCCCCGGAUCCCACCUCGGCGCCACCCGGAGCCCCCUUAGCAGGCGAGACUGGGGCUGUGGUGCCGGAGGGUUGCCCCGUUUUUCCUGGGGUCCUUCAGCUUGCUGUCAGCCACAGGGCUGCGGUGCUCAGGCCGGCCUCAGGACGAGCCCUGACCUUGGGACCGUGGACUGCCCCUGGGGGAGCCUUGGCGGUGCCCUGCAUCACCUUCCCAGAGCUGGCAGGCUGCCCGCCCCCGGCCGCGCCGCCCCUGCCCUUCCUGUUUUUUCCAAGCUCUGAAAGGCUGCUGGCACCUUCUGUUGGCUGCUGGCUCAGGUUCUGGGCAGGAAGGCCAGGCCCACAGGAUGUCUGGUGACCAGGAAGGUGGCCCUGAGGGCCUCAGAGGCCAUCUGCUCGGUGGACAGAAGACUGAGGGCCUGAGAGAGGGGAGGGGUGUUCUAGAAACCUCCGGAGUGUUAUCUUCCUGAGUCCAGGCCCGGCUGUCCCCCACACCUGAAGACAGGAGUGGAAGGCAGACCCCGCCCAGGCACACCAGUGUGCUCUCCUGGCUGAGCUCUCACCACACCUCGGGCGACCGGGCUCCCACAGUGCUCCCAGCACCAAGAGCCAGGAACCCCCAUGCCCAAAGGGGUGAGAGCUUGUCCUGGACAUGAGGUGAGACACAGCUCAGUCCCCAGGGCCUGUCAGAGCCACACCGCAGUGCAGGCCCCAGGCACCCAGGGAGGCAGGGGCUGAGGUGCCCAGCGACACCCACUAACGCUUGGGCACUUGGGUGUUUGUGGAGUGACUAUAUGAAUGCCAGAAUUCAGAGCAGGCCUCUGGCCUGGGGCACUUCUGGACUCCCUGGGGCUGGGGGAGGGCCUGUGGCUGUCUUCAGAGCGUGAGAAAACCUGUGUGUGCUCCAGCUGCCCUUCUGUGUGCGACGGGUACAGUUACAGUAGGAGUGAGAAGACUGGUGUCUGUCCAUCUGUCGGCAAAUGCUGACCCCGCAGCCUCUGCUCUGUGUGUUGCGAUGCAGCUUCAAGCAAGGAAGGGCGUGGCCCUCCAGCCUCAGCCCACAGUCUGUCUCUCCACGGUGCUUAUCCUUUUACCUACUGUGUUGAACUUCCUGUCUUUGCUAUUAUCACACACACACACACACACACCUGCCACUAGGAUGUUGCCUCAGCGGGGCCAGGCUGUCGGUCUCAUUCACAGUGCACUGGAAUGGGUGCCUGGCUCUGGGUGGGGACUCAGCAAAUAUUUCUCCAGUUAGUAGGAACAGACAUACACUCAAGAGAGACAGACUAUAAACCAGCGAGGAAAUCUGAGCAGAGACGCCUCCUGCGAGUGAGACGUGGCAGUGGUUUGACAAGCCUGAGCGUCGGGGGGCCGUGCUAAGAGCCGGGCCAGGCCUGUGUGUCUGCGAGUGUGUGACCUGAGCAGAGCGAGUUCCUGUUGAAAUGGAUGACUUGGAGUCAGAGUUUAAUCUGAAAGUUGUCCUGCUCAGUUUCAAGCAGUGUCUCAACGAGAAGGAAGAGGUGCUGCUGGACCACUACCUCGCCAGCUGGAGGGGGCUGGUCAGGUUCCUGAACAGCCUGGGCACCAUCUUCUCGUUCAUCUCCAAGGAUGUGGUGGCGAAGCUGCAGAUCAUGGAGCAGCUGUGCGGUGGCCCCCAGCAGGAGCACUAUAGCACCCUGCAGGCCAUGGUGGCCUACGAGGUGGGCAGCCAGCUGGUGGACCUGGAGAGGCGCUCCCGCCACCCCGACUCGGGCUGCCGGACGGUGCUGCGGCUGCACCGCGCCCUGCACUGGCUGCAGCUCUUCCUGGAGGGCGUCCGCACCAGCCCUGAGGACGCGCGCACUGCCGCGCUCUGCACUGACUCUUACAAUGCCUCGCUGGCCGCCUACCACCCUUGGAUCAUCCGCCGCGCCGUUACCGUGGCCUUCUGUGCACUGCCCACACGCAAGGUCUUCCUGGAGACCAUGAACGUGGGGUCCCCCGAGCAGGCCGUGGAGAUGCUGGGCGAGGCCCUGCCCUUCAUCAAACGCGUCUACGACAUCUCCCAGAGGCUCUACGCCGAGCACGCCCUGCUGGACCUACCCUAGGGGCUGGCAGGCCCAGGUGGGGUGGGCUUCCCCUAAUCCAGAGCUGGGUGGGGGCAGCCGGGACCCAUCAGUCCCACCGUGGAACUUUCUGGUCCCCCUGUGAGCUGAGCUCGUCGGGAGCCAUUCAGAGCAUCCAGCCGCUGCAGACAGGCUUCACGGAGAAGGCAGACGCUGGCCGUCUGCUCCACGCCCGGCCUCUCCUUUGCCUGGGCAUCUUAUCUUUACCCUCAGCUAAGUUACACUCAUGUCCAGUCAGGCCUCUCCCGGGUGGAUGAAGUGCAGGAAGCAGUCAGUGGGGGUCAGGAUUAGUGUUCAUGGAAAAGCUGCCCCUGCCUGGGGGUCAAGUCUGUGAGCUACGGGGAGUCGUGGGGCGCAGGACGCAGUGUCUGCCCAGCUGGGCUGCCUUGGGCCCCUCUGUAACGGCUGGCUGUCCCCAGGACAGGGAGAGAGUCCUGGGCAGCGGUCAGCACUGCAGGCUUUCCCCCCCCCUCGCCUCCUCAGCCAGGGGCCCACGUGUCCUCAGCAGUGACAGCAGGACCUGAAGCCCCGAGGGAAGGUCUGCCCUGCUGCCACCGCCCUGCACACGUGUCAGCUGCCACCUGCGGCCUAGAGUCUGCACAGCACAGCCCGAGAACCCCCAGGAUCCCAGGACUCCUCUGGGCCAGUGCUGGCUUCUCCCUCCCCAGCAUCCAGCGAGAUGCUGUGCUCCCUCUUCCCUGCCCCUUACUGCUCCAUCCCCGUGGAGCUCAGGAGACCCAGGAUGACAUAGCACAAGGGAGGGGGCCUCGACAGCUUUGCCUCAGUGACAGGCUGGCAGGUGGCCACACCCCUCCCAGCCAUCACCCAGUGCUUGGGGGCCUGGCCCCACCCACUGCCUCUUCACUGUGAGGCCAGGACCUCAGGUGCCAAGGGGACAUUAUUCACCGUGCAGCGAAUGCACAUAAGUGCAAGCUUUCAGGUACCCUUAGAAGCUGUAAUACGGGUGAUGGCUUUUCCAAAAUAAAUAAACUGCACUUA